UUACUAGAUUGAUUUUCUAACCUCUUUCGAUUGCUAUACGUGCCGUAACAUAGAAAUCACUUCUAAGCAACGAAUUUGGUAUAAAUAAAAUUUGAAAUUAUGUUCUUCACGAAUAUAUUACUUAAGAAAGUUAAAAGCAAAGGCGUUUUAGUGGCGGUUGAAAGCGUGGCAUCCGGACAUAGAUAUGUGGUGCCUAGAGAGAGAACAGCCGACAAACUGGAAAUAGUAAAAUUUGAUCCCUAUGUUCAAGCUAUGGUGUUGUAUAAAGAAAAGAAGAAACUCACUAGUAUCUAAGUACUGCUUCACCCAGUAUGUUCCAUUAUGAUAAAUUGUUAUAAAUAAGAUUGUAAAUGUUCAGUAAUAAAACAAUGCAAUCUAAUGUUCUCAAUAACAUUUACAAAGGCAACAAUACUGGCUUCCUGUUUCAACAGUUACAACAGGUUAGCCUCUGGGCUGCUGUUGAAAUUGUGCAAAAUUUAAAAUAGCAUUUACUGUUA